CCCUCCACUUGAGGGCGUAGUUCUCAGGUAAUUUACCACUGAUGCGCCUCACCUGCCUUGAAUGAUUUCAGAGCUCCUCCACACUUUCACUGUUACCUGAGGUUGACUGUUUGCAGACAGGAUGCCUCGUUUGCGGCCUUUUUACUGUGAUAUCUUCUACGAUCCUCUGACAGAAGAUGUGGAGCAACUGCUCGCUCGUUUCCAGCAGACUGACUCAGUCAGGUACGAGGAGUUUUCAGCCAUUUGGAGGGACAUGGGCCUCUCAGAUGUCUUUCUAGGUAUUGCCCGUGUGGGUGAGCUGAAGAGAUUCUGCAGGAUAACGCUGGCUACGGCCGUGAAGUACUUCCUGCCCCCGUACAGCUACCAGAUUCGCGUAGGAGGCUUGUAUUUGAUGUUUGCUUUUUACCACACACAACUUGCCGUUCCACCGUUGAACAUCAGACUCGCUCUGAGGGACUGGGCUCAAGUUGAUAAGUUCCUCAAGGACUCCAUGGACUCGGGGCAUCAGGAUGUGGUUUACAUCUAUCAAAAGCUUGACGCCGCCAGAGCCAUACACUACACCGCCAUGCCACAUUUUCUCACCUUCCAAAAGCAGAGGAGGCCAAAGAAGGAGGCUGUGUGUGCAGACUUCCUUGGGAGAGCCACAGCCAUCCAGGAGCUCAUGACUGCAGACUUCCUGACAGAGCUGAACAACAUCCAGAGCCACUACGAGAAGCUGAAGGAGGGCACGGUGGAGCUCAGCGGCCAGGCCAGCAUGACCCAUCGAGACUUAUCUACCCACCUGAAGGACUACAUGUCAGAGUUCAUCACUUGGCAGCAGAAGACCUUCUCACAGGACACCAAAGACAAGAACUCUGGCGAUGAUGAGGAGAAGCCUACAGAGGCCGAGGCCAGCAGCAACAGGGCCAGGCUCCUGUCCUCCAUCAAGCAGAAGAGCUACAGAAACGUCCAAGAGGCGUCCAAGGCCAGGAGGCACCGACAGACCGAGACGGUGGAGUCCUCCAGCUCAGAAGCAGAGCAGGCCCCGCAGCGGAAGAGGCCUCCCUCACUGCGGGCUCGGACCUGGAAGAGUCUCGGGAUGAUGCAGGAGAAGAGCACCGUCCAGGCCUGGCUCCUGAGUGCUCCUGAGCAGCAGGAGAAGGUGCCGAUGAAGAGGACCUACCAAGUAGCACCUUGGAAACCAUGAAGGGAAGGCAGGAAGCUGAGAAGAAAGAAAGAAGUUCUGUUUGUUUUUGUUUCUCCAAGUUAAAGCAAGGUGUCUUCAUUUGGAAAAUGACCCUUUAAUGUGAUAAUCAGCUGGGUUAGAGUGGAUUUUCUUUCAUUGUGUUUCUGUCCAGGUUUAACUGAUUUAACUGCAAAUCCUGUAAUUAGUUAAUAAAUGUAUUUCAGAAUUAACUCA